UAUGGUGUUGGUGCUGCCAUUGUAAUGGCUGCGCCUGUCACCGCCACCGCUACCGCCACGUCUCGGGCUGAUAAGGAGAGAUUCAUCUGCAUUUAUCCAGCAUAUCUGAAUAACAAGAAGACAAUAGCAGAAGGAAGAAGGAUACCUAUAGACAAAGCUGUUGAAAAUCCCACAUCUACAGAAAUCCAGGAUGUAUGUGCAGCAGUUGGAUUCAACGUGCUGUUAGAGAAAAAUAAGAUGUAUCCCAGAGAGUGGAACAGAGAUGUGCAGUACAGAGGUAGAGUACGAAUCCAGCUCAAACAAGAUGAUGGUAAUCCAUGUUUACCUCAGUUUCCAACACGUAAGUCAGUGAUGCUGUACGCUGCAGAAACUAUUCCCAAACUGAAAUCAAGAACCCAAAAGAUGGGAGGUAGUGAUCAAAGUCUUCAGCAAGGAGAGGGAGGCAAGAAAGGUAAAGGGAAGAAGAAGAAAUGAGCGCAUAUUUGGAGUCAUUGCUACAUCACAUAGUUGUAUUUACCACAAAGCUGGAUGGACACAUUACUUGCUGCAACUUCCAAGUGAUCGAUGAAAGCAAGAAAUACACAGGUGAAGCUGAACAGAACUUUUCUGGGAACUGGAGUGCAUGUAGCUGCCUCUCAUCUAUGUAAAAAUAAACCUGUCUUGACACACAACCUGCAUGUCUGAAGCUAGCACCUGCUUAAAAGUGGAAGAACAUAAAGAAAUGGGGUGGGAGGGAGAAUUAUUCUUUACAGAGGAAAUGUGCACCUUUUGAUAAAUAAAUGAAUAAGUACUCUUAUGCAGACUA